ACUUACAAAAGGAAAUUGGUGAGUGUGCUUCUGAAAAUGAAGCAUAUGUUAAAGUAUUUGGCAAAGAGAAUUCAAGCUAUGUUAGAGGUAUGGGAUUUGGUGUUCGUCCAUCUCAAAUGAUUGGAUCCUUAUCCCGCUCAAGAGAGUCUAUGCAAUCUACUACAACUGGUGGACCAUCAAGAGCUGAAUAUCAAAACUUGAAGUUACAAGUACAAUUGCUACAGGAGCAAGUAAAUUUUCUUGUGAAUCAUCAAAAGGGUCAAUUGCCACCCGGUUUUCCUACUGAGGUUGCAGAUUUUGAAUCACCGACACAUACAAGAUCAUAUUCUUCUGCUAGUCAUGAACCUCAACAACAUAGGCCAUCCAACGUUUAAAGGAGUUUUAUGAUUGAAUUGUUAGGUUUACAAGUUUGGAUUAAGUUGGAAUUUUUUGAAUUUACAUAUGGAUUAUUACUAUGUAAUUAAAAUUUGUAGAAUUCAACUUUUGAAAUACAUUGUUACUAUUUUUGUAAAACUUGUGGGAUUGAAUUUGGAUUUGUUGAAAAAUAAUGUCAUUUAUGGAGAA